AUGUCAGCUAAUCCUACCUCUGAUGGACCAUUGUCCAUGUCGACGAGGGUGAAACGACUUGUGUCCUCCGAUCAUGUAUGGAUACCGGCCGCCACUGGUGGCGCCUGCCUUCUGUUAGGAGGUGCCAUCGCGAGGUUCCGGCCGCAGUAUGGGCGAGUGUUCGACCGCCCUUGGUACAACGUGACGACCAUCACGGUCGCAUUUACGGCGUACCCGUAUAUGUUCUGGAAAAGGAAACUGAUGGCGGAGGAAGCUGGACGGGAUGAGUCCUUCGAAGCAAUCAACCGGGUCGGGUGGGAUCUUGUGCAAAAUGAGCGCGAGUUGCGUCGUGGGGCAUUUACAAGUCCUGCUAUGAACGUGCCUUCUUCGACGACCAUUGCCAGUCCACAGAAGUCGUCUACAGACGGAGAACAGCAUGGCAAAAUUUUAGAAACGAUCACUGCGUGGACUCACCACGUUUGGUCCUUCCCAUCUACGCGCAAGCGAGUGCACACUCUCCUGCAGCCCAUGCUCGAAGCGGAAGGUGUAUCCCCAUACGACAUAGAUGUCUGCGUAACGCAUCUGGCUAACACCGUUGAUAUCUACACGUGGAAUGAAGUAACAACUGGCAUGUUGAUCACUCUCAUGGGUACCGUCGCGGGAGGCUUCUUCUCUAGGAAGUCGUUGCCACGUGUGUCCAGUGCUCUGAACAUUGCCCACGGCUUUACUGUGUGGUCAGGAUUAGUCGUCCUCUGCAGCAUCUACCCGUAUCUGCUCCAACUGUAUCCAAGGUCCAUGCGCGACAGGCGCCGUGUCGCAGCGGCCAUGGCACGAUUCCGUGCCACUGGCACUCUGCCACUUGCACGCAAAACUUGA